ACGCGAUCUCGAAAAAUUCAUCUUUCAUUUUCCUCCCUUCUUCGUCAACCUAGAAGAAAAAGUCAGAAUCCCUCAAACCUUUCUGAUCGGAUGGCAACCGGAUCUCCGCUCGCUCGACUCGGCGUGGCUCGCUCGCUCCGCCUCGGUUUAGCUCGUUCCAUGGACUCAACUCGCGCCGCGACUCGCUACUUCAGCGACGGCAACGUCGGCAAGGGCGGCCGAGUCCUCAACGAAGAGGAGCGCGCCAAAGAGACCGUCUACGUCCAGAAAAUGGAGAGGGAAAGGUUGGAGAAGCAGAAGCAGAAAGCUGAGAAAGAAAAGGCAGAGAAGGAGAAACACAACACUGAAAAGAAAUGAAAUCUGAAACUGUCAACCCGAGUCGAUGAAUGGCAGAGCCAUGCUGCGGAUGUGGAAAUAAGUCGAAUGGAGAAUAAAAGCCGGAGCAUGACAUUCUCCGGUCUAGGGUUGUGAUCUUUUUGUGCUGUGGACCUUUCUUAAUGUUGAUAGUUUUCUUUUUUGCACCGGCCAUUGCUGUCUGCCUUGUUUUACAAGCAUAUGGCCGGUGCAAUUACUGCUAUCGAAAGUAUAAAAUCUUCGUCCUGCGGUGAUCCAGUGUUGGCUUGUUGCUUCUAAUUUGAUUGUAACGUAGCAUUCAAGUAUCAUACUCUCUUAACAUGCAGUUCCAGAGUGUCACAAUCCAAAGCGAGCUUCCAGAUUGAUUAGGACAUAUUCAGGAACAGGA